CGUGUAUUAGGUUUUCUAUUAUAUUUACAAUGUUUUUAUAUCUUUUGUGCCUCGGUGUGGUGCUGGGUAUUGCACUAUUCAGAUUUAAAAGAAGACGAAUGCAUAAAUUAGCUUCAGAGAUUCCCGGGUCCGACGAUGAACUGCCGUUCAUUGGUGUCGCCCAUAAAUUUAUUGGGAAUACUGAAGAUGUAUUGAACAGUUUACAGAAGUAUAGUUACGAGGCAAUGAAAAAGAAUGGAAUUCUUCGAGGUGGGAUUGGCCAUCUUUUUUAUUUCGUUGUUGUGGACCCAAUUGAUUCAGAGGUAAUAUUAAAGAAUUGCUUAGAGACAGACAACCAGCAUAGAUUCUUUAAAAAUGCUAUUGGUAAUGGCGGAAUAUACGCACCAUUGCCUAUAUGGAGAAGACGACGAAAGAUCAUGGUGCCGGCUUUCAGUCCUAAAAUAGUAGAUACCUUCAUGGAAGUAUUUUCGGAACAAAGUGAGAAGUUGGUUUCAAUGAUUGCUGAAUGUGCGGGUAAAGGUGACAUCAUCAUGGGGCCUUUUCUUUGCAGAUAUACUCUUGACGCUAUUUGUGGGACUACGAUGGGAAUAAAAUUAAACGCCCAAAAUAAUCCUGAUAAUCUAUUUUUAAUCGCAUUGAAAAAUGUACUUAUUAUUAUUUGUAAAAGAUUUUUUCAUCUAUGGCUACAACCAGAAUGGUUGUACAAGUUCUUCCCUCAGUACACAGAGGAAAAGAAAUAUUUAAAGGAAAUGCACGAUUUUAUAGAUGGGGUAAUACAAAAGAAGAGGGAAGAAAUCAAUAAAGAAAAAUAUCUGAAAUCAGAAGUAGAUCGUAAUUUUGAUUUAUGUCAUUACAAAACUCGGUCGUUCCUCGAACUUUUGAUACAAUUUUCUGGCGGUGAAAAUGGUUACACUGAUCUAGAGCUAAGAGAGGAAAUAAUGACGUUAACAAUAGCCGGCACUGAUACGACGGGUGUGUCAAUUGGGUACACUUUGAAGUUGUUAGCGAUGUAUCCAAAAGUUCAAGACAAGUUAUAUCAAGAAUUAUUAGAUAUUUUCGGAAAUUCCGAAAGAUCAAUAGUUAAAGAGGACUUGUCCAAGUUAAAGUAUUUAGAACGUAUUGUGAAAGAGUCGCUAAGGUUAUUUCCACCAGGGCCAUUUAUUAUUCGAAAAAUUUCAGAAGAUAUUUACUUACCGUCAGGAAGAACUCUACCGGCCGGGUUCGGUGCAAUUGUCAGUGCUUGGGGUAUGCACCGCGACCCUAAGUACUGGGGCCCGGACGCUGAAGUUUUUGACCCUGACAGGUUCCUGCCGGAGAGGUUCAACCUCAAGCAUACCUGCUCUUACAUGCCUUUCAGCAGUGGACCUCGAAGUUGUGUCGGUUACCAAUAUGCUUUAAUGUCAAUGAAGACAGCGCUGUCGGCGAUAGUGAGGCGCUACAAGAUUAUGGGAGAAGAGUCCGGUCCUGUUCCACAUAUAAAGUCCAAAUUUGAAAUCAUGAUGAAAGCUGUAGAUGAUUAUAAAAUUUGUUUAGAGAAAAGAAUUUCUAUUUAAUCUGAAGAUUUUAAA